GCCUUAGAUACAGCAAUUUCUCGUCCUCCCAGCUACUGUCAUUUUGGGCCUAUCUCGCCCUCCCUUCUACCUCCACUACCGGGCCUAGAAACGUCCGAUUUGGGCUCGAUUGUUUGCACCGAAGCCUGUAUAGUCCUUUCAUUGUCUGUUUCCAACGCCGUCCAGCAUAUCCCCCCUCGAGGCAUCCUUCCAUUCGGUCUCUAAGUCAAUUGCCAUGCCCACACGUGCCAAAGUGGCAGAGCCUCGUCUGCAAUAGGCCACCAUGA